GAUGACGUUUCAUGGGGCGACGCGGCGGCCAAAGUAAAGAUGGCGGACUUGUCGGGGACCGAGCUGUCAGAAGAGAAAGAAGCAGAAAUUGACCUCAAGAAAAGACAGAGACGACCAUGGGAAGAUUUGCAUAAGUCGGGCAAAAUCGGUAUAACUCCAGAGCUGCCAGAAACGUUGGGAUUUUACGACAUAAGCGCUGUCAGGAGGGAGCAACUGGGAGCUCUCAGCAGAUCCGUCGUUGACGCGUUUCAUUUGCGCAGAGCUCACUAGAGGAUACUUCCUGGAACACAAUGAGGCAAAGUACACCGAGCGCAGGGAGAGAGUGUACACAUGUAUGCGUAUCCCCAAGGAACUGGAGAAGCUGAUGAUCUUUGGCUUCUUCCUGUGUGUGGAUGCCUUCCUCUACGUCUUCACCCUGCUGCCCCUCAGGGUGCUGCUGGCCCUGCUCCGCCUCCUCACCCUGCCGUGCUGUGGCUUCAGGGCACGCACAUGCCCCUACUGCAGAAGAAGCAGCGGGUCACGGCUGCUGCAGCCAGCGCAGGUGUGUGAUAUGCUGAAGGGCCUGAUCCUGGUGCUGUCCUUUUCCAUGAUGCAUUACGUUGAUUACUCCAUGAUGUACCACCUGAUCAGGGGACAGUCUGUCAUCAAACUCUACAUCAUCUACAACAUGUUGGAGGUGGCAGACCGCCUCUUCUCCUCCUUUGGUCAAGACAUCCUGGAUGCUCUCUACUGGACGGCCACAGAACCCAAAGAAAGGAAAAGAGAUAGUAUAGGAGUCAUUCCUCACUUCUUCAUGGCUGUCUUUUAUGUUUUCCUCCAUGCCAUCCUCAUCAUGGUCCAAGCCUCUACCCUCAAUGUCGCCUUCAACUCCCACAACAAGUCCCUGCUCACCAUUAUGAUGUCCAACAACUUUGUGGAGAUCAAAGGAAGUGUGUUCAAGAAAUUUGAGAAGAACAACUUAUUCCAAAUGUCCAACAGUGAUAUCAAAGAGCGGUUCACCAGCUACGUUCUCCUGCUCAUCGUCUGCCUCAGGAAUAUGGAGCAGUUUUCAUGGAACCCAGACCACCUGUGGGUGUUGUUCCCUGAUGUCUUUAUGGUCGUCACCUCUGAAGUUGCUGUUGACAUUAUUAAACAUGCUUUCAUCACAAAGUUCAACGACAUCACUGCAGACGUGUACAGUGAAUACAGAGCCAGUUUGGCCUUUGAUCUCGUCAGCAGUCGACAGAAAAAUGCUUGUACUGACUACAGUGACUCAGUGGCCCGGAGGAUGGGCUUCAUCCCUCUGCCUUUGGCUGUUCUGCUUAUCCGAGUGGUGAUGAGUUCGGUGAAGGUACAGGGAGCACUAUCAUACACUUGUGUGUUCCUCUUUUAUCUCGGGCUGGUUACACUUAAAGUGUUGAACAGCAUUGUGCUCCUGGGGAAGUCAUGUGUUUACGUCAAGAGAGCCAACAUGGAGGACAAACUGUUCGAGAGGCCGUCUACCGCUCCAUCCUCCUCUGCAAAGAGCCCCAGCAAAGCUGACCAGGCUGGCUGUCCCACACCUUCAGGUGAAGCCAAAGUGGAGCAGAUCCCUGCCGCACCCUGCAGCCCACUAUCCUCCUCCUCUUUCUCUUCCGUGACCACCCAGCCGACUCCCAGAACUGAUUUGUUUCCUCCCCCGCCCACCGAUGUCUCUCCUGUUGCACCAGCAAGCCGUCCUCCAACUCCACCACCUGAACCUGAACAACCUGCAGCCUCACUCCCCAAAGAAGAGGAGGAAGAGGCGCAAGCAGCCUCUGAAUUGAAGCACAGGACUCCCAAAAAAGACCUGCUGGAGAUUGAUCGUUUCACAAUCUGUGGUAACCGCAUUGACUGACCAGCAGCAGCUGCUGAUGUAGCGAUUAACCACUCAGGAAAGAUGGAGAGCAAAGACCUCUCAGCCCGGCUCUCCUGGCCAACAGCAGCAGAAAGCUGAGUAUUUAUUAAAGUCAGUGGCAACAUAGUAAGUUAUUGUGAACAGGGACACAGUGUGAGACGAUCCUGCUGUUGCUGAAGCCUGAAGCCGAGAAGUUUGACAAAGAAAACUUCAGCAGGAGUUUACAGCAGGAGACAGACAGUGUGAGUGUGGCAGCCCAGUUGUCAGGAUGAACUGACAUGUGGAGGUGUGUGUGUGUGUGUGUGUGUGUGUGUGUGUGUGUGUCAGUGUGUGUGGAGGUGUUAGGAUAGUUCCGUAUUCAGAGUGAGAGCGUGUGAUACAGAGUAUGUGUGAGCACACAAGCACUUCCUGUAUGAGCUGCACUGGGACCAGAAGGAGAGAAGUUUCUCAGUUCGCUCAGCAGCCAGAAAACAGAAAAAACUUCCAAACUCUUACAUUAAAGGUAACACCUGAGUCAUUUUUAA